AUGGAUGCUCUCCUUGCCCAUUACGAGCGAAAUAAGCUAUACUAUUCUCAGGAAGACCAUCUUGAUCCUAGAAUGGUUCGCGCAAUUGAAAUGGGCUGGAUUGUUCUUGCUAAAUAUUACAAUAUGACUGAAGAAGUACCUGUUUAUACAGCUGCUCUUCUCCUCGAUCCCUCUCGUAGAGCAGCAUAUAUUCGAAAGAACUGGCCAGAUGCUUGGGUUCAGCCAGCUAUUAACGCUGCUACGCAACUCUGGGAAGAGAAUUUUAAGGUAAAAUCUAUUACAGAUGAUGACCUAUCUAUACCCUCAUCAAUACCACCACCGGAAACCCCUCUAAGAACGCAUGGUAUUGAACUUGAUCUACUGCUUAAGGAUAUGGAAGUUAUUACAGCAGAUUUGAGGGAGGAUAAGUUCAAGAGCUUCAUCGAUUUACCACCUUUCCGUAUUGAUUGUAGUCCUCUUGAGUGGUGGGGUCGNAGAAGUUGA